GGCUGCGACAACCUGGAGGAGAGAAAAAUCCUUCGCGCAGCUCUCUCGGAGGAGUUAUCGCGCCGCUGGUACAGCGCAGCCAGAUCGUAUGAAAUCAAUACAGAACUAAAGGGUUAUAUUGAGCUGUCUUUGCGGUGAGGAAGGUCAGAGAAGGCGAUCGUAGUGGUCCUUUUUGAGGAGCCAUUCUGUCCUCCUGUUCUUUUUGCAGAGGCCAGUAAGGACUUGAUGACAUGAAUCCAGAUAUUUCCAGAAUGGCGCGCUCUCUGAAUGAGUGGCUGUGGCAGCAUGAGUUCUGGCUGCCCCCAGGAAUCACCUGGCAGGACAUGCAAGAGUCUGAAGACGUCCACUACCCUCAGCCUCGUGAUCUCCUGCUCGGUAUCCCUUUUGCUUUAAUCUUGGUUGUCAUUCGAUGUGCCUUUGAAAGAGCCAUAGCCCUGCCCCUCAGUAGCAAACUGGGUGUGAGAGACAAGCAGAGACCAAAAGCUCAGCCCAACCCCAUGCUGGAAACAUUCUACAGUACACGCUGCAAGAACCCUGAAGAGGGUGAGCUGAUCAGUUUAGCCAAACAGUGUGACCUGCCAGUGAGGAAGGUGGAGAGGUGGUUCCGGUGCCGGAGGAACACAGACCGACCCAGCCUGUCAAAGAAGUUUUGUGAGGCCUGCUGGAGGUUUACAUUUUACAUCAUUUCUUUCUUCACUGGACUUGCUGUCCUGUACGAUAAGCCUUGGCUUUGGGACCACAGAGAGUGCUGGACAGGAUAUCCACAACAGCCUCUCCAACCCUCCCUGUUCUGGUACUACCUGCUGGAGCUCUCCUUCUACUGGUCACUGGUCUUCACCCUGCCUUUUGAUGUGAAGAGGAAGGAUUUCAAGGAGCAGAUAGUCCAUCAUGCUGCAACCAUCUUUCUGAUCAGUUUCUCCUACUGUGCGAAUUACAUCCGCAUUGGGACACUGGUGAUGGUGAUUCACGAUGCUUCUGAUUGCUUCCUAGAGCCAACUAAGAUAUUCAAUUACAUGAAGUGGAAAAAAACUUGUGACAGCCUCUUUAUGAUCUUCUCAGCUGUUUUCCUCAUCAGCCGCCUGGUCAUUUUCCCCUACACAGUGCUCUAUAACACCUACUAUUACUCCAUGGAGAUAUUCCAACCUUUCUUUGGAUACUACUUCAUGAAUGGUCUCCUGAUAAUUCUGCAGCUGCUCCAUGUCUUCUGGUCCUGCCUAAUUAUUCACAUGGUCUACAAGUUCAUCCUCCAGGGCACGAUGGAAAAGGACAUGAGAAGUGACACAGAAGAAAGUGACAAGGAUGAAGAAAGAGAAAAGAUUAGGGAAAAGGAGCAAAAUGGGAUCACAUAUUUCAGCAACGUCACAAGCAACAAUUAUAUCCAGAGGAAUGGGUCUGAGCCACUGAAAAACAGAACCCAUCUCACCAAUGGCCAUGUCAAGGAAAGAUAGCUACUGUUCAUGUGCUUCUGGUAUGGUCUUUAAUGAACCCAGUCCGCCGUCUUUAGAAACAGUUUUGCUCAUUGUGUAGGUAAAAUGGAGUGCAAUUGCAGUAUCAUAGCUGAAUUCCUGCUUCCCGUAAACAAAGUGUUGAUAGUCAGUGAUAUUUGAAGGAAGUUUUUGGUCUUUCUUCAAUAAAAGCUUACUAUAGGUUGUAGCCUUGAAGCAGAUAGAAAGGGAUCAAAGUGGUUUGACUUGUAUUAGACUGUACCAUACUUGUUGUUAAAUGUGUUAAUCUUGAAACAUACUUUAAAAAAAAAAAAAAAGGUGGAUAAACUCUGGCAAUGUCAAGUCUUAACCACCUAAUGUUAUUUGAUAGGAAUCUGUUUAGCCUUGAUCAACCUCUGGAGGCCCUGGCCCAUUGCCACUAAUGAUUAUGGCUAACAAGUAAGUGUGAGACUCUAAAUCUUAAUACGGGGACACCUCUUUUGAGAAGACAGGUGCCCCAUACAUACUCAGAAAAUUAAAAUUAAGCAUAGUGGAAUGAGAGCUUUGGAAAGACACAGGAGAAAACAUUUUCUUCUCAAAGGAAAUGCUGCUGUGCACCACAUGACCAGUUUUGUAAUGGUAUGGAUCUCAGUCCCUUCUGUUGUCAGCGUUAUUGCCACAAAGGUGGGAACUCCAAAGCCCAGACUGGAGAGAGAGUACCCACCCAAAUCAUAGUUGGAACAGCUGGAAAAUCCAGACAGCUGUGUCUCAACUGUCAGGUAAUCCUUUAAACCUGUCUUGGAAGGAAACACAGUCAGAAGAACAGUGGCAAGAAACUAGAUAAUCUAGAAGAGAACACUGAUUAAGUGCUCAUGUUUUCACCUAGUGUGAUUGGCACAGUGGGAGAUGUUUACAGAGUCAGCUUGUGGCAAGAAGGGAAUACAUUUCCCCUAUCCUCAGAGGAAAAAGGACCCAGAGAAGAUCUGCUGAACCUUAUGGAAUAAUGCUUUAAUGUGGCCUUCUGACUCUAGGGCCUUUGCCUAGAUGUAUCAAUAAUAGCAAGUUUAAAGCAGUAGUCCAUGAAGUCAUGAUGCAGUUCUGAUUCAGUUUGUUUAGGUGUCCUGUAUCUUAUACCCUGUGUAGUCUUAGACUUUGGAUUCUGUAAUCCCUUAAAAGAGUUAAAUUAGUAUGACAUGAAUUUCUGUUUUACAGGUCAAUUAAUCUAUGAAACUGAAGUAUUAACAAAUUCACUGUAAUGAGUGCAGGGACUUAGACUGCCAAGGCCAUGCAGACACUUCCCUAUAUGUGCCCAGUAAGGGCCAAUGCUAACUGGGGGGGUACAUGGACCAAGGACAUGCCUUUGAAGAGGUGGUGCACAUGUUUAAAAUUAAAAGGCAAGUGACAGCAUAGAAGGACAAGACGGUUUUCAGCAAUCCACUCAGUUGACCUGAGAUGUGACUGAGAGCGCUUUGGUCUGAGCUUGUAUGUGCUUAUCUUAGGUUUCAGUCAAAAUACAUUGCAUAAUUUCAGAUGGGAAAAAGUGGUGCCAGUGUGGGUGAUUCCAUGGCGGUAGCAUGCUCUGGGAGGAGAGCAUCUGUUCUUGCAUCAUCAUUUAAAUUUGUAUUUGCUGAGGAUAGUUUGUCUCUGAAACCUUGAGCUAUUUUGAAGAUGGAAGUACAUGUUCUGUCUACUGUCAUGUUCCUUUAAUCUGAAUCUAUGAUCUUGCCACUCCUCUGCAGGUGAUGUGUUCAGGUGUGGUGGUUAUGUAUAAUUUUGUACUACUGAAUGUAAACGUUCUUUAUAAAUUACUUUUGAAAGGUU